CUACUGGAACAAAUUUUCGGGCUCUGUCAUUUGAUUUUAGGAUCUGUCAUAAUGCAAUAGCUAAAAUAGUGUAUGAAACUUGCGAUGCUAUUUGGAAGAUGAUGAAAGACGAAUUCAUGCCGGUAUCAACAACUGAAAAAUUUCAACAAAUUAGCAGAGAGUUUUGGCAAAAAUACAAUUUUCCCAACAUCGUCGGAUGCAUCGAUGGCAAGCAUGUGAUGAUCAAAGCACCGGCUAAUAGUGUAUCAGAUUACUUUAACUACAAAAAGUACUUUUCUUUGCAUCUACAAACUGUCGCUGAUGCACAUGGAAAAUUUAUAUUUAUCGAUGUAGGUGAAUAUGGACGACGUAGUGACAGUGGGGUGUUUAAUAGCUCGUCAUUGUACCAAGCAAUAGAGAAUGGAGAGCUAAAUAUCCCUCCAGCGAAACCACUUCCAGGGUCAAUUGAACCUAUGCCAUACGUUUUAUUAGGGGACCAAGGAUACCCUUUAAAAACAUAUUUGCUCAAACCCUAUCCAUUUAAUAAUUUAUCGGCAGAGCAAAUUAGAUUUAAUUUUAUGCAUGCAAGAGCGAGGCGGAUUAUUGAGUGUGCUUUUGGCAUACUGGUUAAGAUAUGGCGGUGUCUAAUGACGGAGCUUCAAAUGACUCCUGAUCAUGUAACAAUUAUUGUACAAGCAUGCUGUUUGCUGCAUAAUAUUUGCUCAAAUUAA